AUGCGCAGGGAUGCCAAGAAUGAUACGUCAGGAAUUCCAAAGCUGCAAGCCUGCAGCCUCGGCAGCGUAUCUAUAAACAACCUGCCACUCAGAAGACCCGGAGACUGGAUAAAUUCAGUGUCUUCGGCCUUGCCCGUCUUAGACCGUGAUAGACAGUCUAAUACCUGCGGCUUCAUAGACACGAACUCAGACUAUACCGCGGUCAGCGAAGGCCAGUGCAAUGGGGAAAACCUAAAUGCUGGGACCAGUUGUUGUUCUGAUUCUGGAAUUCCAUACUGCCAGACAUGGAAGUUCUCUGAUAUCCCUGCCUCACUUGUGUGGUGCACUGAUGUCCAACCUACUGCAGAAGUGAUCAUGUUUGAACAGCCUAUCUUGGCAGCGUCGGACACUAUCUCGACUGAUAGAAGCUCUUCAUCAACGGGGCCGGCAACAACAUCGACUAGUACAUCGACUGAAGAGGCACCAUCUCCCACCGAAACUUCGGAAGGAAAGUCUGGGGGUAUGUCAUCAGAGAAUACAAUAGCACUUGGUAUCGGUAUACCUGCGGCUGUGGCUGGUAUAGUCUCAGCUGUCCUCGAUGUUUGGCUGGUGAAGAGGAGAAGGAGAAUAAGAGCACUGCCGGCAGUACCUGCAAUUCCCUUGGUUCCAGCAUUUCCAGCAGUCAUUUCUAGUGGCGAUAGUUCAAGCUCUUAG